GCUACCACAGAACCCCCAAAAAAGAAACCGGACCCUGUCACUUCGGAGACGGUGGUGAUCUGGGGGCUGCGCCUCUGGCAGGUGAUUGGUAUCUUUGCCAUCUUUGUCCUGGCAGUCAUUAUCACACUCUGCUGUAUCUUCAAGUGCCGGAUUCCGCGGACAAAGAAAGAGAUUGAGGCACGAUACGCGCAACGGCAAGCAGCCAAGACAUAUGCAGACAAACUGGAGACUGUGCCUCCGCUCAAUGAGCUGACAGAGAUUCCCGGAGGCUCUACUGAAACUCUCCUAACCCUCUCUGGUCAUGUCCAGUCCAGACCUCUCAACUCCCUGCCUGUGGUGAAAGAGGAAGAUGAAAUGGCCCAGCAAGGAAAUUAG